AUGAGGCUGAUCAAUACCACUACGCUGAAGCUGGAGGAGUUCUUCGAUAAGUCUAUACCGAAUUAUGCCAUACUCAGUCACCGAUGGGAAGCCGAUGAGGUCAAUUACAAGGACUACGUCAAAGGACGCUACCAGACGACGCAGCAAGGCUACCAGAAGAUCAAAUCCUGCUGCGAGCUUGCUGUGCGGCGUGGACGGGGGUAUGUCUGGAUUGACACAUGCUGUAUUGACAAGCGCAGUAGUGCGGAGCUGAGUGAGGCUAUCAAUUCCAUGUACAAAUGGUAUCAGGACGCAGUGGAGUGCUAUGUAUACCUGUCCGAUGUGCAACCUUAUAUGGAAUCGCAGGACUGGCAAAUGCACUUCUCGUCAAGCGCAUGGUUCAAACGGGGUUGGACGCUUCAAGAGCUACUGGCUCCUUGCAUCACGAUCUUCUUCGCCGAUGACUGGUCAAUUCUAGGCAUCGGGACGAAUCGCCACAACUUCUCAGAUGACAAACGAUGGACCAUUGAAGGUCUCCCGCGCCUUGGCUCUCUGAUUCAGUCGAUCGUACGCAUUCCUAUCGAAGUUCUGCGCAAUCCUCAGAUUAUGUCAUUUUACAGCGUGGCACAGCGGUUAAGCUGGGCUUUCAAUCGGCAGACCACCCGCACCGAGGACGAGGCAUACUGCUUGCUGGGUAUUCUGGGCGUAAGUAUGCCCUUGCUCUAUGGCGAGGGCAACAAGGCCUUCAGGCGUCUUCAGCUCGAGAUCAUGAGGCAGACUGCGGAUGAGUCGAUUCUUGCAUUCAAUCGCUACGAGCCAUGGUUCAAAUACGGACACAUUGAGGUACUUGCACAUUCGCCUCAGCAGUUCCAGGAUGGUGGAGACAUGGCCCGGGCCCAAUUCAGUUCUAGACAACCUUUCACCUUCACAAAUAUGGGACUGGAGCUAUCCAGCUUGCGAGAACCAAAGACAAAGGAAUUUCCAGCUCGCAGAAUCAUGGAAGUCAAGGGCAAACGCACGACGAUACUGUAUUUGCUAGCCUGCUGUGCCAAUUCCAAGCGGGAGAUGAUCGGGUAUUGGUUGCUGCUCGUGAUGCAGUCGUGCGGACACUACUGCUUGCAAGCAGUUGGACAUGAUCUCGUAGCCCCCAAACGCUCGAGUCACGAUGAUAGCGGCCACUCUGUCUAUGAUCGUACACAUGAUGGGGGUCUCAAUGGCUCGUUGAUAUGGGCGGGGCAUGAUCUGGUGAAGGCGGAUUUGGAGAAUCGACCGAUACACGUACACAACCCUAACCAGAUGUGUCUCUAA